AAAAUAGCCCAGCAUGUCUCACAUGCGCCCAAACGGGUUAGAGCAGCGCCAAUGAGUCCAGCGGGAGGUUCGUCGUUCUCGCUGUUCUUUUCGUGCCUUCCCUUUCACCAGCCCUUCUUAUGUGUUUUGUCUAUAGUCACUCUUGAUUGCUGUUUUUGCGCCUUCAUUUCGAUCGCUUUUGCCCUCCCACUCCGACACGUUGGGUUGUUGCGAUCCCCAGUCACUCGCUUUGUUUACUCGUUCAGGGUCCCCUCAUAUCAUAUCAGCCGAUCUGCAUGUUUCACCGGCCCACUGGUCUUAAAUAGGACUUUUUACAACCCCCCGUUGCCAUUUCCUUCCGCGCAGAACCAUUCGUCAGCAUUGCAUUGAACACGAUACACCUUGCUAGGUUCAUCCAUCCACCGUCAGUCAGCGUUCGUUACUUGGGCACAUAUCGCUCGAACAUCGGGAGGACACAGAUCCAACCGUCGAUCUAAAUUUGAGAUCUCCAGGGGUCCAUCGAUCCCCCCAUAUUUUGGUCCAAACCAGGCAGUGAAUCUUUCGGAUUAACCCAAUAUGCGGUCCAUCACUCUCCUUCCGUUGCUAUGCCUCCUGGUCUUGCUGGGUAUGGCCUCAGCUUGGCCACACCCGCACGGUGAAGUCGUGGCUAGAGCGGAAACAACCGCUGGAGAGACCGCUGCUGAUAAAGCAACAACAGGUGCCGCUGCUACCACUGAGCACAGCGCCACGAAGACCGAAUCCCAGAGCGACGCCACAGAAACCGGUAAAAAGACAGAGACAGGCAAAGAGACAGGGACAGCGACUGGCACAAAAACUGGAAAAGCAACGGGCAAGUCAACGAAGACAGGUACCGAUGCUUCCUCUACUUCGAUCGAUCCUCGGGACCCCGUGGGCGGUGUUUCGAUGCUCACCUCCGCUGGAGCCACCACCUACUACAAGAUCGGCGAAUAUGUGACCUUCGAAUGGAAAUAUACUUCGCUUCAAGUAACUCCCUCGGCCGUCAACGUUGUCGCAUCCUGCAGCAAGAACAGUGAAACCUAUACCAUCGCAAGCAACAUGAGCGUCUCGGAAACCGGUAAGGUUGUCUGGGAUACUAAGAAAUACCAAUCCAAUGCGACGGUUCCGCUGUUAACCGCGACUUACACCUUGUUUGUCUACGAUGCCAACUCCACGCUUGGAGACACCGCUUCUGCUGGGCACUUGGGCUCGCAAAUCGGUUACAACUUCGGAAUGUACACUCCGCAGUCUUACACCCCUCUUGACCAUUACAUCUGUGCUACUUGCAACAGUGCCCUCACUAGCACCGAACGCAACGCAAUCAAGUUUGCCGUCGGCAUGGCUGCUAUCACCGUCGCAUCCUUCACGUGGUUUGUAAGCGGCACCGGUGUCUUCUACUCGUAAUUCUUCAAAACCGACCCCUGAUGAAAUUAUACGUUACCGUUACUGCGUUGCAUUUAGCUGAGCGAAAUCUCAUGAUAGCGAUCAUCAGCAGGCUGGACUGGCGUUUAUGUGAUUAAAUUGUGUAAUAUGGUUGGGAUUUGUGAUUUUGGAUUCUUGUUCAUUUCUUCCCCUUGUCGAUUAGAGUAACAGCGGUAUUGUUAUAAUUAUUCUAUAUGAUGUUUGUCGUUGUUUAUAUGAUAUUGUCGAUAGAUAAAUAGCUAAUAGUGACUGAUGUAUAUGAAGUGCA